AGAGAUGUAUGAAAAGAAAUGUUCACAGAAGGAUCAUGAUCUACAAGAACUUUCAGAGAGGAUUGCCCUGAAGGAAACUGAGCUAGAAGAGCUUAAAAAGAAGGACAGAAAAAUGGAGAUACUGCAUGAAAAUUGUCUUGGUUUGCUAGAACACCUUCAGAGUGGAGAGCAGGAAAGGAAGAAGAUAGAGGAGGACUGUGAGGACAAGUGUGAGAUGCUGAAUACUGUGUUGAGGAAAAUAGAUGUGAAGUUGUGUGAAGCUACGUCUCUUGUGUCUAAGCAGAUGGUUGCUGCAGAAGAGGAGGUACAAAGAGCUGGGCCAAGGAGUAACUUGGAGAAAGCUCCUUCUAACUUAAGAGGGAGUGAAACUGCCCAUGUCUCCAUGGAUACAUGCAAGUGUGAGAGGGAGAAGGAAAGUAGCAAAAUUAUUGGAGGAACUUCAUCAUGUCAAGGAGAAACUAGAGGAAGGUAAGAGAAAUGAAGAGGAUCUGACCAAAAAACUUACUUUAUCAGAGAAAGAAAAAAAACAGCUAGCCAACGAAGCAGAAUUCAUGCAUAAAAAGAUUCACGACCAACACUUCACCAUCACAUCCCUGCAGAAUGAAAAGUCACGGUUGGGCCAGCACAUUGUUCAGCUGGAGGGGGAGAGGUCUGCUCUGAGGGCUGAGGAGACUCAGCACCAGAAAGACAACCUGAACUUGCAGGAGGAGCUGAGCACUCUGAAGGCAAAGGUAACAGCUCAGAAACAAAAAAUUAAACUACUACAGGAGGAGAUCAAAAGAUUUAACCAGGCUUUUACCUCUCUUACUCAGGAAGGCAUAGAUUGCCCGGAGAAGCUGAGAGAUACCUUGACAGCUUUGAAUUGUUUAUGUUCAAAAUUAGAGAAUCUUGGAAGUUCUGAGAAAGAGGAUGAUCCCUUAUGGUUGACUGCAUUAUCCCAGGAGCUGCAGACACAGUGGGAGCACUAUCGUACCACUCUAGACAACCUGAUGGAGCUACAACAGCACACAGACAACCUCCAGCAAGACAAGUUGGAGAUAGACUUGAGAAACAUUUCCUUGAGUGCUGAGCUCGACUUCUUGAAGGGCAGCACAACCCCGGAUGAGUCUGGGAUGGAUGAAAGCUUGGAGGAGAAGACUUUGGAGGAAAAAGAGGACAAUCAAAAUGAAGAUUUGGUGCUGAAGAGUGUGAGGGAAGAGAAACAAGGUACUAAAGCAGUGUCUGGAUAACAAGAGUCUUUUGUCAAGGCUGGGAGAGACUUCAUUUGUUGAGCCCAAAGCCAAACUUUGAGAGGGAGCUGAGUCUUUGCUUGAGGGAACGUAAGGUUGUGAUGCAGGUUGUGAGGAUGCAUCUGGAGCAGUUUAUGGCCCAGUGGAAGCAGUGUGCAGAGACUCACCCUUCGCUGCUUGCCUUUGCUGAAGCUUUGGCUGCCUGUGUUGAAGAUCUCAGUGGACACCUGUUGGGUCUAAGUAACGGUGAUGAUGUGAGUGCUGAGGUUGUAGUGCGGUGCUUGCAACAGGCCAUGAUCAAGGGUGUGAGCAAGGAGUAUCAGGAGGCCAUCAGUGCCACCCUGGAGACUCUGAAGCAGGACCUGAACCACACCCUACACCACAUCACUGUACCUGCUUCCCUACUGGACACACCAAAGUCCUCUUCUUCUCUUGAUAGAACCUCCCAGCAGGACACCACUCAGAGGGCUACAUUGCUCCAGGAGGAUGACACACAGCAGGAUUCUCUCUCCUCCUCUCUCUACAAGGAUAACUUUACUCAUGACUCUCACUCCCCUCAAGACCUGACAGCAAAGGUGGAGCAUCUGAUCAAUGUGAGGACAGCCCUUGUGGAUGCAGCUAAUGAGUUUAAUGAGGAACUGGAGGAAGUCUUAGGGCAACAUUUGGCUCCCUUGAAAGAGCAGCUUCAGGAUGUGGUAAAGGAUAGAGAGGCAAGUGUUAGGGAGGAAGUAUCCAGUCUUCCUGGCCUCCCUGAGCACCAGGCGUUCAUACAGGAGUUCACUGGCUUCACCUCAAGGGUUUCUCAGGAGGCACACACUGAAAAGUUGCAGGUGCUGAGGAACCAACAAGAGAUGGUGCAUAAGAUCCUGGAGGACAACCAGGCCAAGCUCAGUGCAGUGUGUAAUGCCUUCUUGGAGAGUCUGCACGGACUCACUAGUGUUGAAGAGAUGGAAGGCAAGGGCAAGGCGCUGGUGGACAACCUGGAGCGUACCCUAGCAGAGGAGGCAACGUGGGUGGAGAAGCAAUACAGGGAUUUGCUGGAGCACUACACCCAGGAGCAGGACAGCAACAACCAAGCACAUGCCCUCACCUGCAGCCAUCUUGUCCACACACUCACCCUUCUCCUACAGUCUAACAAAAAUGUGAGUGAGCCAAAGGAACUGAGGCAGGAGCACACAAGACAAGUUGAGCAGCUGCGGGAGGAACACGAGGAGGAGAUCCAGCGCCUGGAGGCUCAGCUCGCUGCCAAGGACCAGGAGGCUUUGGAAAUUAUUGAUGAAGAAAUUGCUCAGCUGGAGUCUGAUUCGCAUCACAGCCUCAGUCUUAGAGACGAGCUCUCUAGCACACUGAACACCCACCUCAGCAGCAUCAGAAUACAAGUCACCAAGCAACAUCUUCAGGGACUCUACAAUGACAGGGAUUGGUACAAGAAGACAGUUGGACUGCUGUCCCAUGUGACCCUGCAGCUGCUUCACUACUACAGUGUGGCUCAGAGCCUCACCCACCAGCCACAAGAGGGCACUGCCUCACCUCUCCCACACCCUCCUGAGUCUCCUACUCCUGGCAGGAUUCUGGACUUGUCUUUCCUGUCAGACUGUGUUGGAGAGGAGGAGGAGGAGAUGCUGGCCUUCAGUGAGGACAGAGCCUUGGCCACUGGACUGAUGGGGAGAACAACUAUAGGCAUGGGAGGGGAGGUGGAGGAUGCUGAGUCAGCACUGGAUGGCACAGCAGUCAGUGAUGGCAUGAUGGAUGACUUGGACAAGGAUGAACAGGUCCGUGCCCUGCUGGAGAGAUCUUAUCCUCAGCUGAUGGCCAUUCUGAAGGGCCGCUGGGACAGGGUACUAGUGGCCCGUCUGGAGAAGGAAGUGCAGGAGCUUACCAUCUCCUUGCAGGCCUCAGCAGGGAUGCUCAGGAUAUUUAUUCACUCAGUGUCAGGCAAUGGAGAUGACUUAAUGCCACAUGGUUUGAGGGAUGAAGUCCAAGAGGAGGGUGUCAAGAGUUCUGUACUUAAGGUGGGUCACUCUGAGUCCAUACAGGAAGGUAAUGAACAGAAAAAGGAAUCAGAAGGGAUCCUUGGCUUCAGUGUUGGUGUGCAACAAACUACAGCAACAAAGGAUACCACAGUUCCUCCUUCAGCAUCCAUUUUGCAACAAGAUCUCAGUUGCAUAUCAGAGGGCCUGAUCCAGCUGCUUUCACAGGAGGAAUCUUUGCCAAGUUUUAUAACACUGGCACCUCAUGAUCUCCAGGACAAAGAGCAGCUGAAGGCUGUGCUGCGCCAGCUGUGUGAGGCUGCUCAGGCCACAGCAAGCCUCAAGCUGGAGCUGCACCACACUCAGGGUCUUCAGCAAGGAUUGGAGGAGGAGCGGCAGAACCUGCAGGAAGAGGUCAACCGUCUCACCCACUACAGCAAGAACCUGGCUGGAGAACUACAGGUGUUAAAGGAUCAGCUGGAGGAGACAGAUCAGGAAAACCAGAGACCAGUCUCUCAUUAUGCUGCCAAAAUGGAGGCCACAAAAGAUGUCAGGGAAAGAGUGCGUGCUGCACUGUCAGCAAAGAAUGUUGCUGAGCUGGAGCGUGGCCAGCUGGAGGCACGAGUCAGGGAGCUGGAGGGCUUGUUGGAGGCAGUGGUGAGGGAGUCUGAAGUGGCCCUGGAGGCGCUCAGAUCCAGGGAGACAGAUCUCUCCCAGCAGCUGGAGGUGGCUGACCGACAGCUGAAGUCGGCCCGUCAAUUCCUUGAGGAGCACGCUAGUGAGCGUGACCAGGAGGUGGAGGAGCUGGUAGCAGUGCGGGACAAGCUCACCCUCCAGCUGCGGGAACGAGAUGCCCAGCUGGUCCACCACGCAUCCCAGGAGAAAGAGGUGGAGAACUUAGAGCGACAGUUGUGGAAAAAGUCUGAGGAGCUGCAAGAGGCUCUGUCCAAAAAAGAGGAGUUGCAAGUUGAAAACAAAGCAUCUAAAGACAAGAUUUGUGACCUGCGGGAAAUCAUCCAGUCCUUGGAGUCGCAGGUGGACGGUCACUGCAUGAAGGAAGCAGAACUGCAUGAGCAGGUGCAGGAAUUGAGUGAUGCACUCACUCUUGCUAAGCAGCAGGCACACCACCUCUCCUCCCAGGUGGAGGAGCUGAGGCCAGGUGAAGGGAUGCAGGUUGAUGGGCAGUCAGCAGAUGAGACGACUCAAAGUGUCUCAGAGGAUAAGGCAGAAGGGAAUAUUUGCCAACACAGUGCUUCCCUUUUGUCAGAACUGCAGGAGGAUGCCCUCUCCACCUCAGUCAUGUUCCGGCAGAUUGAGAAACGUUUAAGAGACACGACAAGAGGCCUUGAAGCAAUGCAGUUGUCAGGCUCACUGGAGGACAUUUCUGCCCAGGAUGUAGAGGUGACAGUGGAUGGAGGUGAGGGCAGACUCUCCCCGUCCACUGUAGACCGUCGCCUGGAAGACCAGCUUGUUGCCCUGGAGUGCACCACUGAGGCAGCCAUCAAGCGCAACAAAGAUCUUCAGAUCACCAUACAGAACCUGCAGGCAGAAUGUGAGGAAGUAACAGCAGAGCGAGACACCCUCCAGGAACGGUCAAGGGAGCAGCUAGUCAAGAUUUCCAGCCUGGAAGCACGACUGGAUGAGGUGAGACGUGCCGACCAUCCAGCAGCGGCUGAUAUGAGGCAGCGGCUGGCACUGCUGCAGGAAGACUUGGAAGAAAAGAGAGAGGAGCUCACCAAGAGGAGCAUAGAGGUAGAGGAGCUGAAGCACUCCUUGUCCAGCCUCAGAGAACAACUAACCAACCGUGAAGGUGAGCUGCUGCAGCUUCAGAGUGCCUCUCUUGCUCAGCCUCACAGCCUCCCCCAGACUGCUCAGGACCACCUGGCUGCCUCCUAUGCCCAACUGGAGAAGGACCUCACUCACAAGACCCACCUCCUUGAGUCCCUUCAGAAAGAACUUAGUGAAAUCAAACAGCCAUCCUCUCUGUCCCCCUCUCUGGCUGAGGACCUCAUAUUGGAAAAGAAUGCAGAGAUCUCAGAGUUGAGCAGCAAGGUGAAGGCGCUGAUGUGUGCCAUCCAGAAGGUGUACAUCCUCAUUAGAGGAGAAGGGAACCUGUAUGAGGCCCGACAAGUGCUGUCCAGUGUGCUUGGUAGAGAGUUUGUUGACGCACUGAAUGAGAGUGAGGAGCAGGAGGUGUUAAGAAGAGGAGAACCAGAGCAGAUGCCCAGCCUGGUUCAUAAUGCCAGCGUUAAAGAGGCAGCAGUGAUUCAAGUGUCACCAGCGCCGCUGCAGAUGUCCAAUGAACCAGAAGAGGAUUCAGUCCAUACUCAACCCUCAGCUGCUGAAAUUUCUCUUAUGUCAGCUCUGACUGUCCCUCCUCCAGAACUUUCACAGGUCUCACAAGUGACUGAGGAUGAGCACCCAAGGUCGCAGCCCACACCUGCCAGUGAAGCUGCAUCCUCCCACCCACACUCACAGCGUGGUGCCUCCCCACGCAGCCACAGCUCCUCAGCAGUGAGAAUCACACUGUCCCAGGAGGAGUAUGAUGCCAUGUGUUCUACCAGUAUGGAGAUCACAGUACAUAAGGCACAUAUUGAACUGUUAACCCAGGAGAUUCGAAGUCUUAAUGACUAUCAGGCUCGUCUUGAGGAGGACUUCAAAGCAGCCCAGGAGCUGUUGGAGGCCAGGGAGGCUGAGAUCCUGCAGCUGACAGAAGAGGUGGAGGAUGCACCCCCCAUGCCCCUCUCCACUCCCCUCCCCCACCACCCUGCCACACAGCAGGAGAUGACCACCAGACUAAAGGCGUAUGAGGAGCAGGUGGAUCAUUUGUCAGCAGCCGUCCAGAGGAAGAGUGAGGAGGUGGAGCAGCUCUCAACACAGCUGGAGCAUGUGCACACUGAGAUGAAAGAAAGGCUGUUUGAGGCCAGCAGGGAGGCAGCACGCAUAGAACAACAGUUCCAGCAGCAGAUUUUGGACUUGAAGGAGCAGCACAUGGCACGGGAAAAGAAGCUGUGCCGAGACUACGAGGAACGAGUAGCCAAGCAGGUGGAGGAGGUGGCACAACGCAUUAACAAGAACAAGGAGGCGGCCAUGGCAAGGCAGCAGGAGGUGUUUGAAGCCACUCUGCGCCAGGCUGCCUUGGAGAGGGAUCAGGCCCAGAAGGAGCUUGAGCAGUGGCAUGCAGCUUCAGCCUCACCGUCACCAGCAGCACAGAUGGCACCUCCGUUACGGCCACCAGAGCAGCAGACAGCAACUCAGCUGUGUGCCUCAGUGGAUGCACUGGUGGCUGGGCUGAAACAAGAGCUGGAGAAGGCAGGCCAGCUGGACCUUUCCAUGGCUUCCCUCAUGAGGGCGGGGGAGGGCGAGGCGUCUACCCGAGCCUCCAGCGUGCUCUCAGAUGCCAGUGAUGGGGAAGAGCCAGCCUCCAUUAAUGGCAGGAUCCAGCAGCUCAUGAACAAGAUACACAAAGAUGGCAUUGAGGUGCUGUCAUUGAUAGAUAUUAUGUUCUUGUGCAAACAUUGCACCCAGCUUGACACCAGCCAGCGGUCCUUCAUUGCCAGCAGUGGCCUGAUGGCAAGCUCACUCGUGGAACGAGGAAGUGCAGGAGAGCAGACACAGCUGAUGCGUAACUUGGCAGCUGUGGAAGAGGAGCUGGCUAAAAUGGAACAAGAGAUGAAGAGAAAGAUUGGUGUGUUAGAGUUUCAGCUGGAGCAAGAAAGGAUGUCUGGCAGUGAGUGGAAACUUUCCUUUGAGUCUGAGAAGCAACAUUCCCGGGACAUGAUGGAGCAGUUGCGCAAAGAGCGGCUGGCAGGGGCAGAGCAGGUGUCUGAGCUCACUCUGCUUCGCUCACAGCUCCUCACCAUCCGCCUCCAACUCCAGAAGCUUCAGGAGGAAAACUGUAGCCUGAGUGAGUGUCAAGAAAAGAAAGACAAGCAGAUAGAGAACCUUCAAGCAGCACUGCAAGUAGAACGCAGCAACUUCAGUCGAGUGUCCAAGGUGCUGAGUGAGGAGAGGAAGGUGUCUGGCCUCACCCAGGCUGAACAAGAGGCCAUUAUUAAGGACCUGCGUAACUCUUUGGAAAAGGAGCGUGGCAGAAUUGUGGCGCUGUGUAGUCACCUUGAGAGGAUGACCAGCCAACACUCCACACAGCCACCAGCCACUACCACACCCACUCCUGCCAGGCAUCUCAAAAAGUCUGACCCCUCAAGACCAGCUAUUGAAGAGCUCCAGGUACAGUUAGCAGUGGAGAGAGAACGCUGUGGAGAGCUGGAGAGAGCCUGUGAAAGGGAAAGGCUCCAGGCAGUGAGCCAGAAGGAGCAAGCAACUGCUGAGAGAGUGCAGUCCAAAAUUGAAGUAAGGAAGGUGGAAGGAAGGCUUGCCGAGCUCACUAGGACCAUCCGCAGUCUUGAGACUGAAAAGCAGAGGCUGGUGAGACAGAUGAGUCAUGAGAAGGAGCGGCUGCAGCAUCAGGACUCCCGCAUCAAGGAGCUGGAGGGGGAGGUGAGGAAGCUGGAGGCUGACUCAAGGGCUCAGUCUGAAGCUCACCAAGUGAUGGCUGAGAGAAUGAGGGAGGAGAGCACCCAGCUACAUGUGGCCUACACUAGAACCCUCACCAAGCUGGGAGAAGCAGAGGCAGAGGGAUGUGAAUUACGUCACAAGUUGCGGACAACUGUCAAGGAGCUGCAGAUGGCGCGGGAGCAUGAGGAGCAGCUGAAGCAGGACCUCCACUCUGCACGGACGGCUGUUGACCGGAUGGGCUUGCCGGCGCUCUUCAGGAGGAUGAAUCAGGAUGGGUGCAGUGAUCUCCAAAUAAAGGCAAAUCUUGAGUUGUGCAGAUCAAUGCUGCAGCUGACGGAUGACCAGAGAGCCUUGCGGGCACGGAUAGCUGAGCUUGAAGACACUGUCACCUCCCUCAACCAGCAGCUGCUUCAGGCGCAGGAAUCUAAUCUGAAGAACAGCACCAUUGAGGAGAAGCUGAAGACUGAGAGGCAAGUGUGGGAGACAGAGAGAGCAUCUCUCCAACACACGAACCAGCUGCACGAGGCAGAGGUGAGGAGGCUGAGAGCUGAGAAAAACACCCAGCACAGCAUUCCAGGAACAGCUGAGAUGCAGCAACUGUAUGGGCGUUACCUGCAGAGUGAACACUGGCGCAAGGCUCUGGUGUGGCAGAAGCAGUACCUGAUGCUGGUUAUUAAAGGUUACAGUGACACAGAGCAGCACACCCUUGCCCGCCUCACUGCCAUGGCAACUCCUCGCGUUUUUCCCUCCAGCACUUCACACUCCAGGGCUAUGCACUCCAGGGAAAGAUUCAGAGUUGCAGUGCUGGUGGUGGUGGCCACAUGCAGAAUGAAAAACCUGGUGCUAAGGUUUCACAGGAAGAAGAGGCUGUGUGUGGGGGUGCAGGCUGCAGCAUGCAGCACUAUCUCCUCCCCAGACAACAGCCGGCCACAGUCCAGCAGCAGUGUGGUGAGAGGCAGAGAAGCUUGGCCCUCCACUCCUCAGGUGGCCAAUGAAGCGGCCUUGUCCACCAGCUUCACUGGACUCACACCGCCCACCAGGGAGCCGGGCAUCACCAUCACUUACAGACCCCCGUCCGCCACACACAGGAGUCUUUUCCAGGAGGACUCUGAUGAGCUCAAUCAAUACGUUGAGCGGCUGGACAACAUCCACUCGGUCCUCGGCCUCACCCACAAGAGGCAGUGACUUCAAAAAAAAUGUGCCAUUAUAAUUUUAGGGUUUUCUUUCUCAUGCAGCUUGUUGACUUAUAGAAAUGUUUAAUCUUUAUUGUUCUAAACAGUUGAAAGUAGAUCUCUAUUAUUUUUUGUCAUAUGCAAUAGAUAGUGAUGUGAAGGUUCAAGGAAACUAGUCUAUUUUUAUCAGAGGAGAAUCAUUGUACAUAUCUCAUAAACACAUGUAAAGUUCUAUUAUGAUUUACAUUUUAAUAAUAAUAUAAUCACAGUUUGCAGACUGGCUUACAAAAAAAUGAAUAAAAAAAAAAGAAAAGAAAAAUAAAUCACAAAAAAGUAUUGUUGUGGCAGACAACUGUACCUGUAUGAAAUCUAAGUCAUCCACUGGAAGCAAAUGGUGGUAUACAGUGAGUGGCAGGAGUGAGAGUGGCUUGGAGGAGGUGACUCACUCCAAGGAUGUUUGUCAUAUAUUGAAGAUAUGUUAUCUGAACUGGUGCAGUAAAUACCAAGGUAAAAGCUUGUU